AUGAAAGAAUAUACAGUCUGCUACCUGAGCGCCCUUCAAGCUCCACCACGCCCCCUGGCUGUCACUGAAAAAGAUUCAGUUGUUUUUACGAUUGAACCAUUCUGGUUGGAAACUUACUGGCGUCAGCUUGAUUUGGAUAAUUUGACAUUCCAUUACGACUUUCCCGUCAAGUCUCCGGAUGCUUGUGAAGGUACAGUGACCUCGUCAGAAGAUGGUGUGCAUUUAUGCAAUAAUGCCAUCUCUCUAAAUAUGACUACACCAGACCAAAAAGAUGAGGAAUAUGAACAUAACGAGAAUUAUGACCAAUACGAUGACGAGCUGCCAGAGGAAGUGGAAAUUGAUCGAGAAAUUUUUGGAGACGCUGAGGAAGUCCAAGUUUACUACGUAGUAGAUGUCAAUCGACCCCGACAAUUGCAACCUAAG